AUGGCCGCAACCGCCAACGAUUUCAAGUUAGCUGGAGUUGCCGCUGGCUUCACGUUAGGGUUUGGAUUUCUGACAGUCUGGAAUGCCAUAAAACUGACUCGGGCUCACCCAACGCCAUAUAAAAGUCCAUUUUUUAUUAUGGUAUGGGGAGAGAUUUUUGUUAAUCUAGCAAUUGGCAUUAUUGGAUGGCUAUUCCUAGAGCGAGUCAUCCCAGCAGGGAUUCCUGUUUUCUUUACAAUCCUCUUCUUGUGGGCCUUUGAGAUUCACUUUCUCAUGCAAAUUCUCGUAAAUCGAGUUAAGAUUGUGGCACCAAAGAAAAGCAGAGUACUGGCGGUCAGAUGGUGGACGGCUGGGAUCAUUACCCUGAUUAAUAUUGCGGUCUUCUGCAUCUGGAUUCCAGCGCAUCUAGAUCCGCCUCCUUCCCAAAUGUAUGUGACGGUGAACAAAUAUUGGGACCGUAUCUCGAAGAUUUUGAUCUUGCUCGUGGAUGCCGCUUUGAAUAUCUGGUUUACACAAAAUGUGAAAAGACGGCUGAUUAAACAACACGGCCUGUCCAAAUACGUAUCUUUGUUUCAAUUCAACGCUCGUUUGAUAGUAUUGUCCGUUUGCUUGGACGGCCUCCUCAUCGGACUCAUGUCACUCCCUAACCCGCUUGUCUAUAUCCAGUUCCAUCCGGUAGUAUAUAUGGCAAAGCUCAACAUCGAGCUCUCAUUGUCAGAGCUCUUGAAGGAUACUGCACGGUUUCCUGUUGUUGGAAAUGCAGUACUCACCAGCAACCGAGGGGCGCCUCAGUUCUGGUGCUCUGUGCUGCCCACCGAUGGGUAUGCUCUACAAGAUCGGAAGCACACGGGCUCUGAAACCCAGAUGCCUCACAUGGAUUACCAGCCGUACACUGAGGGUCGCAUUCUCAAAACAACGGAUGUCCAGGUGGUUGUUGAAUGA